AUCAAGUUGCAGAUAAAAUAAACAUUAAACAAAUCCUGCUGACAAGUAAACAUAAUUUAAUGAAGUUUUUUCUAUCUAUCAAGAGUAGUAUAAAAACCACAGUUCUUCCUACACUCACGCAACCCCAUAAUGGAAGGCCAAAAUUGUAAUAAAAAAUCACAGCAAAAUGAAAUACAACACCCUCAAGUGGCAGUGUUGAUGGUACCCUUUCCUGCCCAAGGUCAUUUGAACCAGCUUCUCCAUCUUGCUCAUCUCAUUACUUCCUAUGGUUUACCAGUUCAUUAUGCUGGAUCUGCCAGCCACAACCACCAAGCGAAGCUCCGACUGCAUGGUUGGGAAUCUGAAACUUUAAGUAAAAUCCAUUUCCAUGACUUCCAAAUCCCACCUUAUAGCUCACCUCCUCCCAAUCCCGACCCCUCCACCUUUUUCCCUGCGAACGCUGAACCACUAUUCGAUGCCUGUAUGCAUCUCCGUCAACCUAUUUCCCAACUUCUGCAAGAACUCUCUACAAAGUUCAGGAGAAGCAUUGUCAUUUUUGAUAGCCUAAUGACUUCUGUGAUCCAAGAUGUAAAAAACAUCCCAAAAGCUGAAUCGUAUGUCUUCUUUCCCAUCUCUGCCUUUACCAUUUUCUUUAAUACCUGGGAAAAAAUACCUGAAAAACCUUUUCAGCUAGACUUUGAAGUCCCAAAAUGCAUUCCUUCAAAUGAAGGGUGCUUGCCGCCAAAGGUUUUAAACUUCAUAGUCCAACAAUAUCUACUUUUGGGGUUUGAGGCUGGAGCACUUUUCAACACAUCAAGGCUGAUAGAAGGUAGAUAUGUCCAACUAUUGGAGAAGCUGUCAAUAGACCCUGAGGCAAAGUACUUUUCUGUUGGACCUUUGAAUCCAGUGGAAAAGGAUAGCAAGAUUGAUAGACAUAUAUGCUUACUAUGGCUAGACAAACAAGAGACAGAUUCAGUGAUAUAUGUCUCUUUUGGAUCAUCAACCUCAAUGACUGAUGAGCAGAUCACGGAGCUGGCGCUAGGCUUGGAAAGAAGCGGACAAAAGUUUGUAUGGGUACUUAGAAGAGCGGAUCCAGCAGACAUAUUUUCAGGUAGUGAAGUGAGAAAUCCUCUACUGCCGGAAGGGUAUGAAGAGAGAGUGAAAAAUAGGGGAAUGGUGAUAAGAGACUGGGCACCCCAAGUGCAAAUUCUAGCACAUCCAUCCGUAGGUGGGUUCAUGAGUCACUGUGGAUGGAACUCAUGCAUAGAGAGCAUCAGCAUGGGUGUGCCAAUUGCAGCUUGGCCCAUGCAUUCCGAUCAACCCAGGAAUGCCAUUUUGGUGACAGAGGUGCUAAGAAUCGGUACACUGGUGAGAGAUUGGACACACCGUGCUGACCUAGUGAUGGCAACUACAAUUGAGAAUGCAUUGAGAAGAUUGAUGACAUCAGAAGAUGGAAAGGAGAUGCAAAAAAGGGCUGCAGAACUGGGUGAUGUUGUCAGAGCAUCAGUUGCUGAAGGUGGUACUUCUCGUGUAGAAAUGGAUUCUUUCAUUAUGCACAUCACAAGAUGAUGACCUGCGGAUCUCUCACUUAGAUAUUGACCGUUUCACGAGAAUCUCAAUUUGCUUUGAAUCCAGAAGGCUCAAUAUGCCAAGUUGUGUAGUGGUAUUUUGAUAUUUUCACAGUCCAUGUACUGUGUUUUUGUCUGUAUUCAACAUUGUUAAUUUCGUGUAAUAAAAUGCAUGUUCAACACUGUUUCUAAACAUGUAAUGAAACAAAAUUGUAGUCAUCUUUUUCUAGAUCACAAGAUUCACAACAAUACCAAUGGAAUUAUCUCAUUCAGAAAAGUUUAUAAGAAUUGAAAUAGCUCAAGUAGAGGAUACAUCAAGUGAAAUUGAAUUCUCAC